AUGCCCAUGGAUGGCGGGCCGCCGGACGAGGACAAGAUGGAGGAAUUUUGUGAUGGGCCUGGGGAGACGCAGCGGACGCUGCGAAGGAUAGAGAGUUUGAUUGUGAAGUUUCAGAAAAUGUAUCCUAAGAUUCGACAUUGGGGUCUUGUUGGCUAUUGCUGGGGCGGCUACAUCGUCAACUUCGCCAUCGACAAGGAUAGUAGGUUUCAGGCCGCUGUACAAUGUCAUACUGGCUGGCCUCCUGGUGUCGAUGUCGCACAAACCGUUUCGGCCCCUCUGCUUGCUCUGAAUUCCAGAGAUGAGCCGGAGACGGAUUAUCGGGAGUUCAAGCAGGCCUGCAAUUCGAGAACAGGUUUGUCGACUUUCCGAAUAUGGUUCAUGGGUGGCUGUCCGCUCGUGGAGACCUCAGUAAGCAGAGUGUAA